UCCUUAUUCCCCAUUCUCCUCCGCCCGUCCCCUUUCCAAGUAGCCCUAUUCGCCAUUCUCAUAUCGGCGGCGGCGCGCGGUCGGGAUGGGAUCCCACAGCUACUACAGCAACCACCACCCCCGUCCCAAUUUGGGCUCCAAGCAGCACACACGUCAGAUUCCCUCUCGGCGCGGCGGUUUGAUUGAGGAUGAUUCCUCAAAGAGGCUGCAUGCAGGUUUCCUAUUUGGGCGCCAAGCGCGCACGCACCGACCUACACUGCCCUCCUGCUCCUCCUCAUAACAACAACAACUGGAGGGACUGGGCUAAUCUCGCUGAUGGCCCAGCGGGGCUCAUCGCCGACAGAGUGCUUGCUUAUGAUGUCGCUGACUAUGUGCGCUUCCGCGCUGCGUGCCGCCCGUGGCGGCAGUGUACCUCCGAACCGCGCACACACAGCAGCGGCAUGGACCGCCGGUUCCAUCCCUGGAGGUGGACCAUGCUCAAAGAGCAACUUACUACGCCGGACCGCCGCUGUUUCCUCAACACAUCUACCGGUGAGUGCGUCAAGGUUCAUAUCCCGGAGCUCCACGACCACAGGUUGCUCGCCCUCACCCCCGAGGGCCUCCUUGUCCUGGUCCAUGACUGUAAAUACAUCCGCCUGCUCAACCCACUCACCCGCCACCUUACUCACCUCCCGCCACUCACCAAGCUGCUGCCCCCCGAGGACCACCACAAGCUUUCCGAGGAUUAUAUAUGUUUCGAUGUCGAAUUCCGAGCGUGGGGCUCUGGCAUUGCCAAUGACGAUUCAACUGUGCUGCUCUGCUUCAACAAGCUCUGCAUCAUUGGCAUGGCCAAGCCAGGCGAUGACUCCUGGAAUUUGCUGACAUACCCCGAUGGGACAACAAUGGCUGCUCUAAUGUUUCAAGGCCGCUUCUGCUGUGUUAACCGCAGUGGUGUCAUGGUGCUGGAGAUGGGUGCACAUCAGCCACCACACCUUAAGCUGGCUGCCAAGCUGAGUAUGCGUGUCUCGCCAAUCGCGGAUAGUGUGCACCUCAUCAACAAAUGUGGGGAGCUGAUGCUGGUGCAUCGUCGGUGCGGGCGACUGACAGCGCGGAAUAAAUCUGGCCGGCGCUACGACGCUUAUCGAGUGGAUUUCGACAGUGGGACACUAUUCCCGGUCAAGACCUUGGGCGGCACUGCGGUGUUCAUGGGCUUGUAUUGCUCUCUUUCGGUGCCUCUAGGCGGCUUUCCAUCCGGCUCCCUCAGUGCUGACACCAUCUACUUGAGAUUUGACAUUCGUGAGAGAAUGAUGUUAAAAGCUGGAGCGUAUCAUCUUGCAGAUACAAGUGUCCAACUCCCAAGUAGCCUGGUGCCAAGGCCGCAUACUCUCAUUGACUGUCUGUCAUUUUCCAAAACUGUCAGCGAGUGAUAAUUUUACCAGCAUGAUUUAUGCGUGUGCCUUUAUCCUGUUUGGUUAGCUAGUAUGUGAGUGUAUGUAUCUAGCUAUGGUUUGACUCGUCAUGCUUAAUUUGCAUCUUGAAUCUGCCAACCAUACAAUGCAUACAGAGUGGUAAGCAUCUAGGAGUACCUAGCAAGUCUAGCGUAGAGGAGUUUGGUUGGCCAUGAAAGGCACGCACAUUGUCUUUUGACUGCUGUUGUGGGGAGGUGAUGAUGCUGAAUAAACAAAUUGUUGCAUAUUGUUCUAAAAAGCUGUCUACGCAAAUUGUUGCAUAUAGUGUACAUGCUACCCUUUUUAUUUCCUUAUUUAUGCAGCAAGGUGUAUGUGCAAUUUAACUUGAGAUGUGAUUAUGAUCUGUAUCUCCAAUUUGAUAAGGAUUCCCGAGGACAUCUUUUUGAAUGUUGGUUUUUCUUUGCCAUGUUUGUGGUACUGGAUUUGUGUCUACUAUCUACUUGAUUGGCAUCGCCUGAUUCAUCAUAAGCUUCACAUGACAGUCAAACUGAAUAUGCAGAUGUGACGCCGCCACUUAUUGUAUCAAUCGGGGUUAGAUGCACAAGGUGUACCUUUGAGGCAGACAUAACUAGUUGGUUACUUGGUUAGAGCCGUUAGCCAGCAAGACGGUGCUAAUAUAGGAUCAAAACUCAGGCGGAUUUGCAGAGCCCUGCCUCGCUCGAUACAUGUAACGUGUGCAAGCAUUGGGCGUCCACGAUGUCCGACUCGUAAUAAUAGGGAGAGAUACUAAUUUUGUGUAAACCAAUUGAUCAAAUUUAAUAAAGUUUGACUUAAUACAGAGUUAAAUGGACGCUUAUUUGUGGAUGGUGGUAGUAUUUUUUUUCAUGGAAACUUUGGCUUUA